GUUAUUCAUGUAACCUAGCAUUCGAGCCGCGGCGAGCUACUGUGUAUGUGUAUAUUGUAACAUCGAAUUUUGCACUGUCAAACUUCUUAGGCGUGUGUAUUUUAGCCACAGGAUGGAAUUCAAAAGAAAAAAUAGAAAGCUGCUGAACGCAUGUAGCGAAAACCUCGACGUGUUGGGUGACGAUUGUUCACCUGCGGAAGAGUCCUUGUCUGACUACGACGGAGAGGGUGACGAUACUGUACAAGACGUUGAACCCGUCCAGGCUCUGAGUGAGCGAGAACCCAACUCAGAUAACAAGCAUACGUCUGAUGACGAAGCUGUAGAUGUACCAGCAGUUAAUAACGUUGGAGACAAACGUAGUCGGAUUAUCGAGCCUAGCAUACCUGAGGUGCGUGUCUCAACGGCAGAGGAAUCACAUGGUACUGUGAAUGUACCUCAAGGGUUAAUUGCAGAGAGUGAUGCAGAGAGUUCUAAUUAUAGCACACCUGUCCUCGAACGCAAGGACACGGAACGUACACAACAGGAUGAAACACAACAUAGCAGUGAUAUAAUUCCAAAGGAAACCGAACAAGGCAAAGAUAACCACAAUAAUCACAGUGAGAGUGAUGAUAAAAAACACGACAACGAUGGACAUAGGAACAAAGCUGAUGGGCUUCCGAAACAGAGUACAGGCCUGACUGAACAAGAAAAGAGAGUUGUCAAAGAGAUGGUGGAGGAAGCGAACGCCGAAACAAUGGAUGCCAGCAAAUACGUACCAGAGGUUGUGCAGAUACAAUCUCCAGCGCACGUAGCAUCUGAUGCUCCGAUAGUGCCUGUGCAUGUGGAGAGAAGUCCUAUUGGUACUAAGAUCUACGUUGUCCGGCAGGAGGAUGGCGAAGAAUCCCGGUUCGAUAUGAGAGCUGACCGCCUGAUAGUCAAGGACGUAACUCCUCUAGCCCAUGAGAGCACCGAUGCUCUCCCGACACCUUCUAAUUGGGGCUCUCUAGAUAAAGCGAAGGAUAAGGUAAAUGAACUCAUAUAA